UUUCUCGACCACAACACUACAUUCACCACACCAUGGCUAGGGCUAUCACCCAUUUACACGUGGUCAUCUUCUUCUUCACUUUUCUCUUUGUCUUUGAGUUCAUAGCCUCGGCUCGCCGCCUUGACGAGGCAACAAUGCUCGAGCGACAUGAGCAGUGGAUGGCUCACUAUGGACGCAUUUACAAGGAUCCAACAGAAAAGGCUGCUAGGUUUAAGAUAUUCAAGAAGAAUGUCGAACAUAUAGAUGCCUCUAAUGCUGCAGCUAAUAAAAAAUAUAAGUUAAGUGCUAAUAAGUAUGCAGAUAUGACCGAUGAAGAGUUUAUUGCUUCUUAUACUGGUUAUAAGGCGACAACAAAAGAGGCAAUACUAGGUUCUUUCAGUUAUGGGAAUCUAAGUGAUGUUCCAUCCACCAUAGAUUGGCGGGAGAAGGGAGCAGUGACAACUAUUAAAGACCAAAUGCAAUGCGGGUGCUGCUGGGCAUUUUCAGCUGUGGCAGCACUGGAAGGCAUCAACCAAAUGAAAACCGGCCGACUAGUAUCGCUUUCUGAGCAAGAGCUCGUCGACUGUGACGACCAGAACCAUGGCUGCAAUGGCGGCUUCAUGGAGACCGCCUUCAAAUAUAUCAUCAACAACCAUGGACUCGCCACAGAAGCCGACUACCCUUAUGGGGGAGAAGAUGGCACCUGCGACAAAGCGAAAACGGCAAAUCCCGUCGCCGCGAUAACCAGUUACGAACAAGUGCCAAUGAACAACGAGAUGGCACUGCUGCAGGCGGUAGCCAACCAGCCGGUUUCUGUCGCUGUCAACGGUGGCCAGGGGUCGGACUUCAGGUUCUACACCAGCGGCGUUUUCAUGGGCCAAUGCACCAGUACUUAUCUUGACCAUGCCGUCACGGCAAUCGGAUACGGAACUUCCGAGGACGGGACUAAGUUCUGGCUGAUUAAGAAUUCAUGGGGAACCGAGUGGGGCGAGAAUGGAUACAUGAGGAUUCAGAGAGAUGUUGACGCGAAGGAAGGCCUCUGUGGCAUUGCCAUGCAUCCAUCUUACCCAAAAAUGUGAAACCGUCAAGAUUGCAGCUUUUUAAUUAAAUCAGUACUGUCGGGUGUCAAUGGUUGGGACUUGGAAGGAAAGCAAACUAUAUAAGUUAAUAUAUUAAAUGUAAUAAAUAAUCCUUCCCUCCUGUCCAAUUGUAGUUUGGCUUUAUCAAUAUGUAAACUAGCAAGCUCGUGUAAUGAUGAGCGUGUGGAAAUAAUAUUAAGUAACUAUUUUAUGUGGA